AUGAACGCCUUAGACCUGGGACGGGUUGGCGCUUGCGUCCCCAAGAGCGUAGCGACUGGGGAGGCCGUGGAGCUGAGUAACCUAUGGCAGGAGCGAACCUGCGUGGUCCUGGGGCUGCGGCGCUUCGGCUGCAUGGUGUGUCGCUGGAUCGCCCAGGAUCUCAGCAGCAUCAAGGACCUCCUAGAUCAGCACAAGGUGCGCCUGGUGGGCGUCGCCCCGGAGACCCUGGGCCUGCUGGAGUUUCAGGAGGGGAACUACUUUAAAGGAGAGCUUUAUCUUGAUGUAAGUAAGCAGAGUUACAAAGAACUUGGGUUUAAGAGGAACAACAGCCUGUGUAUCAUCCCAGCUGCUCUAGGGAAGCCACCAAGGCAAAGGCCAUUGACAUUCAUGAGAACUUGUCUACAAAGUGGAGGGAUGUUAAUUGUCAGCAAAGGUGGUGACAAGGUGCUGCUGUAUUUUAGCCAGAGUUCCCCUGGGGAUUGCGUUCCCCUGGAAACUGUUCUCCAGACAUUGGGCAUCUCUGCAGAUGCUCGCUCCAGUGAGAAGCCUCGGUGCAAUGAGUGUGUACUAGAUGAACAGCACCAGACCCAGAAACAUUUCCUUGCCAGACUCCUGCACACUGUCUCCUCCUCCUGA